AUGAAAAUCAAAACUUAGCAUUGGGAAAGUUGAUGAUGAGUUUCAUGUACCGUCUAAUUGUCACAUCCAACGCUCGAUUGCACUCCAAGUUCAAAACACAACGGGUAGACGUUAGUGGCGACGUUGUUCAAAUCAGAGGCAUCAUAUUUGAUAUGGACGGCACUCUCACCGAACCCGUGCUAGACUUUAAAGAAAUCCGUCGACAAUUGCAGAUUCCGCAGGGCGCAGACAUUCUACAUUAUAUCGACAGUCUGACUUGUCAGUCAGAACGGAAUGAAUUGCAUUCGAAGCUUGAAGAGUUUGAAGCACGCGCAGCCGGUCAGCUAACGCUACAACAAGGACUGAGAGAGCUUCUUUUGUUUUCUUCUGAAAAAGGUGUAAAGAGGGCAUUGGUAACGCGCAAUAGCCAGGAUGGCAUAGCAGCGUUUCUGAAAAAGCUUGGCAGUCUGACUUCAUGCAAUGAAAUCUUCACGCACAUGUUGGGUCGAGAAUUCAUUCCACCAAAACCCGAUCCAGCACCAAUCUUACACAUAUGUACUGAAUGGGGAUUCGAUCCAGCCCAAGUUGUGACUGUAGGUGACUCUAUUGAUGACAUGCUAGCAGGAAAACGGGCUGGGACAGUAACUGUGCUGGUGGAGAAUGGAAAACACAACGAAUCUGCUAGACAGUGGAGUGAUGUACAUUUACAGUCAUUAAAAGACGUAUCUAUAUUAUUUCAGUCAGUCUUUGAUAUCACAAGACAAUCAGAUUAGAUUGAGAUAAUGAUAUUUGAGUUUAGAGCACGUCACGUGG